AUGUCAACUGAGUACUCUUCAGAUUCAUCUAAAUCAUUCAUGAUUGCUAUGCAAUCUAUGAUUGAUGCUUCACAAAGCUUCAACCUGGAUAGAUCGGAAAUUUGUUUACCCGAUUUUGAUGACGAGCUGAAAAAGGUUCAAAAGGAUGAACAAACUCAAAGAACUGAGCUUACUGUCCUCUCACAAGAUAGAAAUGACUGGGAUGAUAUAUUCGAUGAGUUUCAAAACAUUUCAUUCGGCCAACUUCAGUCUAUAAUUGAUUCAUACAAAAAAAAAAAUGCAGUGGCGGUAUAUAAGAAAGUUGGAAAGCUAAUUGAUAAAGCUGCAACGACACUAAGCAGCAAUGUCUUAUUAGAAACUGUGCUGCAAAUGGUUUAUAAACAUCAAAAGCAAGAACUAGAGAAAGAACUAUUGGAUUUUUUAGGGACAGAGAAUAUAGAUCUUGUUUCUCUGUUACUUCAGCAUAGAAGAAUGGUUGUUGCUACACCUAUAGAAACGACGAUUCUAUUAAUAAAAAACGCAGCAAGUGCAACGCCAGACUACAUGACUCAACAAGAUAUUAGAAAUCAGGUUUUGCAGAAUGCGGAGAAUGCCAAGAAUCGGAAAUUAAAUCCUGCCACCCAAAUAAUUAAGUACCCACAUGUCUUCAGAAAAUAUGAAGCAGGAUCUACUACUGCUAUGGCCUUUGCCGGUCAAAAAUUUACUUUGCCAGUAGGGACAACAAGGAUGUCGUACAACACCCAUGAAGAAAUUAUAAUUCCAGCAGCAGAUCAGGCGUCUAACAAGAACUACCUGUAUACAAAACUAUUGAAAAUAGAGGAUUUGGAUCAUUUCUGUAAGACUGUGUUUCCCUAUGAAACUUUAAACCAAAUCCAAUCCCUUGUGUAUCCCGUAGCUUAUAGAACAAAUGAAAAUAUGCUAAUUUGUGCACCUACUGGUGCAGGUAAAACAGACAUUGCACUACUAACAAUAAUAAACACAAUAAAACAAUUCUCCGUAAUCAAUGGGGAAAGUGAGAUUGAUAUUCAGUAUGACGAUUUUAAGGUUAUUUACGUUGCCCCUUUGAAAGCACUGGCUGCUGAAAUCGUUGACAAGUUUAGCAAGAAAUUGGCACCCUUCAACAUUCAAGUGAGGGAGUUAACAGGUGAUAUGCAAUUGACAAAAGCAGAAAUUUUAGCCACUCAAGUAAUUGUUACAACUCCUGAGAAAUGGGAUGUUGUGACUCGUAAAGCAAAUGGUGACAACGAUUUAGUUUCAAAGGUCAAGCUACUGAUUAUUGAUGAAGUUCAUUUACUGCACGAAGAUAGAGGUUCAGUCAUCGAAACUCUAGUUGCACGUACUUUGAGACAAGUUGAAAGUUCUCAAUCAAUGAUUCGUAUUAUUGGUCUAUCUGCUACGCUGCCCAAUUUUAUGGAUGUUGCAGAUUUCUUGGGAGUAAAUAGACAAAUUGGGAUGUUCUACUUUGAUCAAUCAUUCCGCCCAAAACCUCUGGAGCAGCAACUUUUAGGCUGUAGAGGUAAAGCAGGCAGUAAGCAAAGUAAAGAGAAUAUCGAUAAAGUCGCUUACGAUAAACUGAGUGAAGUGAUUCAAAAAGGGUACCAGGUAAUGGUGUUCGUCCACUCGAGAAAGGAAACUGUCAAAAGUGCAAGAGGCUUCAUUAAACUAGCAGAAGCUAAUCAUGAAGUUGACCUUUUUGCACCUGACCCUGUAGCGAAGGAUAAGUAUUCCAGGCAAUUAGCGAAGAACAGAGACAAGGACAUGAAGGAGAUUUUUCAAUUUGGUUUUGGUGUUCAUCAUGCCGGUAUGGCCCGUUCGGAUAGAAAUCUUACUGAAAAAAUGUUCAAAGAUGGUGCUAUCAAGGUUCUAUGUUGUACUGCAACAUUAGCAUGGGGUGUUAAUCUACCCGCUGACUGUGUAAUUAUUAAAGGAACACAGGUAUAUGAUGCCAAGAAGGGUGGAUUCAUCGAUCUAGGUAUUUCCGAUGUUAUUCAAAUUUUUGGUAGGGGUGGUAGACCGGGUUUCGGUUCCGCAAAUGGGACAGGCAUUUUAUGUACUUCUAAUGAUCGCCUGGACCAUUAUGUUUCCUUAAUUACCCAACAACAUCCUAUUGAAUCCAGAUUCGGUUCCAAACUAGUCGAUAACCUAAAUGCUGAAAUUUCACUGGGAAGUGUGACAAAUGUAGAUGAAGCAAUUGAAUGGCUCGGUUACACAUACAUGUUUGUUCGUAUGAGAAAAAAUCCAUUUACUUACGGUAUUGAUUGGGAGGAAAUUGCUAACGACCCGCAACUAUAUGAACGGAGAAGGAAAAUGAUUGUAGUAGCUGCAAGACGGUUGCACGCCCUUCAAAUGGUUGUGUUUGACGAAGUGUCAAUGCAUUUCAUUUCAAAAGAUUUAGGCAGGGUGUCCUCUGAUUUUUAUCUUUUAAACGAAUCUGUCGAGAUAUUCAAUCAAAUGUGUGAUCCCAGAGCCACCGAGGCUGAUGUAUUGUCUAUGAUCAGCAUGAGCAGUGAAUUUGACGGUAUAAAAUUCAGAGAAGAGGAAUCCAAGGAGUUGACAAGACUUUCUGAAGAAUCUGUUGAGUGCCAGAUUGGGAGCCAACUCGAUACCCCUCAAGGUAAGGCAAACGUGCUAUUACAGGCUUAUAUUUCCCAGACUAGAAUUUUUGAUUCAGCACUAUCAUCAGAUUCAAAUUAUGUUGCUCAAAACUCUGUGAGAAUUUGUAGAGCAUUGUUUUUAAUAGGUGUUAAUAGGAGAUGGGGUAAAUUUUCAAACGUUAUGCUUAACAUUUGUAAAUCUAUCGAAAGAAGGCUUUGGGCCUUCGAUCAUCCUCUAUGUCAGUUUGAUUUGCCCGAAAAUAUCAUUAGACGUAUAAGAGAUACUAAACCUUCGAUGGAACAUCUCUUAGAACUAGAGCCAGAAGAGCUCGGAGAGCUGGUACACAAUAAGAAGGCGGGAUCUAGACUAUAUAAAAUACUGAGCCGGUUUCCAAAAAUUAAUGUUGAAGCUGAGAUUUUCCCCAUUACAGCAAAUGUUAUGAGAAUACAUAUUGCUUUAGAUCCAGACUUCGUAUGGGAUUCGCGGAUACAUGGUGAUGCACAGUUUUUUUGGGUAUUUGUUGAAGAAUCAGAUAAGUCACAAAUCCUUCAUUUUGAAAAAUUCAUCUUGAAUAGAAGACAAUUGAACAAUCAGCAUGAAAUGGACUUCAUGAUCCCAUUGUCAGACCCUUUGCCGCCUCAGGUUGUCGUAAAAAUUGUGUCAGAUACUUGGAUCGGCUGUGAAUCGACUCAUGCCAUCUCUUUUCAGCAUUUAAUCAGACCAUUUAACGAAACUUUACAAACAAAAUUGUUGAAGUUACGCCCACUACCCACAUCUGCAAUGCAGAAUCCUCUGAUCGAAUCAAUUUAUCCUUUUAAGUAUUUCAAUCCCAUGCAAACAAUGACAUUUUAUACACUUUACAAUACCAACGAAAAUGCGUUUAUUGGCUCGCCUACAGGUUCUGGUAAAACGAUUGUGGCUGAAUUAGCUAUAUGGCAUGCUUUCAAAACGUUCCCAGGGAAGAAAAUCGUUUAUAUCGCACCAAUGAAAGCGUUGGUGCGUGAGAGAGUUGACGACUGGAGGAAAAAAAUUACACCAGUGACCGGAGAUAAGGUUGUAGAGUUAACGGGUGACUCUCUACCAGACCCAAAAGAUGUGCGUGAUGCCACUAUUGUUAUUACAACACCAGAAAAGUUUGAUGGUAUCUCCCGUAAUUGGCAAACACGUAAGUUUGUUCAAGAUGUAUCUUUAAUUAUCAUGGAUGAAAUUCAUUUGUUGGCUAGUGAUCGUGGUCCUAUCUUAGAAAUGAUUGUUAGUCGUAUGAACUACAUUUCCUCUCAAACGAAGCAACCUGUCAGACUGCUAGGUAUGUCAACAGCUGUUUCGAACGCCUACGAUAUGGCUGGUUGGUUGGGAGUUAAGGACCAUGGGCUGUAUAAUUUCCCCUCAAGUGUUCGUCCAGUUCCAUUGAAAAUGUAUAUCGAUGGAUUUCCAGAUAACCUGGCAUUCUGUCCUUUGAUGAAGACAAUGAACAAGCCAGUGUUUAUGGCCAUCAAACAACACUCACCCGAUAAGCCGGCGUUGAUUUUUGUUGCAUCGCGUAGACAAACUAGGUUGACAGCUUUAGACCUGAUCCAUUUAUGUGGAAUGGAGGAUAAUCCACGUAGGUUUUUGAAUAUAGAUGAUGAAGAGGAAUUGCAGUACUACUUAUCACAGGUUACUGACGACACUCUGAAGUUAUCAUUGCAGUUCGGUAUUGGAUUGCAUCACGCGGGUUUAGUGCAAAAAGAUCGUUCUAUUUCUCAUCAGUUGUUCCAGAAAAACAAAAUUCAGAUUCUGAUAGCUACAUCAACCUUAGCGUGGGGUGUUAAUUUGCCUGCUCAUUUGGUUAUCAUCAAGGGUACACAAUUUUUCGAUGCAAAAAUUGAAGGAUAUAGAGAUAUGGAUUUAACAGACAUUCUGCAAAUGAUGGGAAGAGCCGGUAGACCAGCUUAUGACACUACAGGUACCGCUAUAGUUUAUACAAAGGAAUCCAAAAAAAUGUUUUAUAAGCAUUUCUUAAAUGUUGGUUUCCCUGUUGAAUCUUCGUUGCAUAAGGUACUGGAUGACCAUUUAGGUGCAGAAAUAACAUCAGGUAGCAUAACUAAUAAGCAAGAAGCUCUAGAUUUUUUGAGUUGGACAUUUUUGUUCCGUAGAGCGCACCAUAACCCGACAUAUUACGGUAUUGAAGAUGAUACAAGUACCGCAGGGGUCAGUGAACAUUUGAGUUCUUUGAUAGAUAGUACAUUGGAGAAUUUGCGAGAAUCACAAUGUGUUUUAUUACAUGGAGAUGAUAUUGUUGCUACGCCAUUCUUGAGUAUAUCGUCAUACUACUAUAUUUCACAUUUAACAAUACGCCAAUUAUUGAAACAGAUACAUGACCGCGCAACUUUCCAAGAGGUAUUGCGAUGGUUAUCAUUGGCUGUUGAAUAUGAUGAAUUACCUGUAAGAGGUGGUGAAAUUAUCAUGAAUGAAGAAAUGUCACAGCAAUCAAGAUACUCCGUUGAAAGCACUUUUACCGAUGAAUUUGAAUUGCCGAUGUGGGAUCCACAUGUAAAGACAUUUUUAUUACUUCAGGCUCACUUAAGCCGUGUGGAUUUGCCGAUUGCAGAUUACAUCCAGGACACGGUAUCUGUUUUAGACCAAUCCUUACGUAUUCUACAAGCUUAUAUCGAUGUUGCUAGUGAAUUGGGAUACUUUCAUACAGUGUUGACCAUGAUAAAGAUGAUGCAAUGUGUUAAGCAAGGGUAUUGGUAUGAAGAUGACCCCGUUAGUGUACUUCCUGGAUUACAACUGAGAAGAAUCAAAGAUUACACUUUUAGCGACCAGGGAUUCAUGGAAAUAUCGUCGCAGCAAAAGAAGAAAAAGUUGUUGACCUUGGAGGAAAUAGGAAGGCUUGGAUAUAAGAAAUUGAUAAGCGUUUUCGACCAACUUACCUCAGGAAUGGUAAAAAGCGAAGAUAUGAAGAAAAGAUUCAUCUAUGUCUGCCAAAGAUUACCAAUUUUAGAUAGCAUAAAAUUUAAAGAACAGGAAAACAACGAGAUGUUAAGCUUUCACAGCAAGCACUUUUCGAGUAAACAUAAUAACGGGUUUGAAGUAUUUUGUGACAAAUUCCCUAAAAUACAAAAAGAACUAUGGUUUUUAAUUGGACAUAAAGGCGAUGAAUUAUUUAUGAUUAAAAGAUGUCAACCUAAGCAAGUGAAUAAAGAGGUCAUAAUACAUUGUGAUCUAUUUAUUCCCGAAGAAGUUCGCGGUGAAGAAUUGCAGUUUGCCCUUAUUAACGACGCUUUAGGAUUACGUUAUGAUUUGAGUCACAAAUUAAUCUCUUAG